AACGGGGAAGAAAAUCAAGAGAGAGAAGAGGUUAUAUCGAGAACCACGUGACUGUGAUCACAUAACCUAUUGGAUGGCACAGGUGAUUAAGGUAAUAGGUGACGAGAUGAUAAAGAUAUAGUGAUGGUUCGGCGAUGGAAUUUUGAUAUCUGAUGGUAUUUGUCAUAUUCAUAUCUAACCCGAAUGAGGGAAAUGUCUCGUAAUUACGAUAUCGAGAUUAUCGAGGCAACUUGAUUUUAUGAACUUUGAUUUAUACGCGAGCAAACCGAUUGAUCGAACGGUGAGAACAUUGCCAAUUUGUCACGAAAUCAGAAGAGAUUUAGGGCAUCUCUCAGGAAGCUGUAUCACGGGAUGACAGCGUCACAUUCGGAUCAUUGUUGUUUCCUGGAAGAAGAAGGCGAGUGCUCCAUUAUCACGAAGGAAUCGCGAGUUGCCACAGUGAAAUUGCCGUGGAUUAUCGUGAAUUGCCGUGGAGAACGAUUGACAGUUGUUUUCUCCAUCAGCAAGGACAACCGGUGAAAAUUGGUGAAAAUAGAAACAGGAUGGAAGAUAGCGACGCAACAGAGUGUCACGUGACCACGAUUAUUCGAGAUGGUAUCGAGUGUCACGUGACUACGAUUGACCGAGAUGGUAUCCGUGGGGCUCCGUGAGGGACACCGUCGAUUGGUGGCGCCACCGACAGCAAGUAAGGCUGGCAUUCCGAAAAGAGGAAAGCAAGCUUUCUGGUGUGGAAUCGAACUGAAUCGAGCUCAAUCGAGCUACGAGUAAAAUUGAGUCAAUAAAUGAUUUGAUUAACGCUGUGACACUGCAUUUACUAACGUUAGCAAUCUGUUAGGCCGCAUUGGUGGUUCGCGGUCCGUUUUUCGAGGGUGAUUAAGUAGAAAUACAAGAGCGUCAUAUCCUGGAAUCUCUCUACAAGCAAACUACCAGGAGAAUCUAUCCAAGUACUAGGAGCAGCCACUUGGACCCCCGAAUUGUCACUAGUAUGCAGCAGUUCUUAUCAUUAUAGGUGAUGACCAAAAUGGCGUCCCAUGAGAGCAGCGAAGGUCCGGGAAAAUCGCCCAUUGCAGACAAAGUGAAUACGACAAUAGAGUCAAAAACGAACGAGGUAAAAUCAACUGCUUCACCGCCAGUUGAUGAGCAUUUUGAGCUGAACGAUACAGCUGCUGAUACAAAAGAAAAGAAUUUAACAUCAGAUACAACUGCUGAUUGUACAAGCGCGGAAAAAAAUGAUUCUGAUGAUAUAAAAAGUGAAAGCAAGGAUUUAAAACCAUUGGUAAUUGAUAAGCAGGACAAUACUAAGACGGACAAGAAGCAAGAGACACAAAAUGUAGACUCCCUUGUAGAACCUCAAACUGUAGAUAAAGAAAAGGAAGUUAAGAACGUAGAUAGCAAAAAUUCUGUAAAAAAAGGAGAAACGUUAAAACGAAAACGAAGAACUUUAAACAAAUCGACGAUGGUGGAAUCUUCUAAUUCUCCGACGGAGGAAAGUGGCACGAGAGGUAAGAGAAAGAAAUUGAAGACUGGCUACGAUCGAUUUUGUUGGCGAUGUCACAAGGAGAACGUUGACGCUUACUGCACCGCUUGUCCUCGCUCGUAUCAUCGUAAAUGUAUAGGAGGCAUGCCGUCAUCUUUGGACAAGUGGAUAUGUGGGGAAUGUGCAACUAUUUUAAAAGCAGAAAACGCCGAGACGCGUUCUGUAGCCAUGGCACAAUUGUCUGUCGAUCAAUUGUGCAUGUUGCUUAAGCAUGUGGUUGAAAGGUUACGUGACUAUCCCGGUUCUGAGCCAUUUUGUAAACCGGUGGAUCUCGUAGAAGUACCAAACUACAUGGAAUAUGUUAUCAAGCCGAUGGAUUUGAGCCUUUUGGAAUCGAAUGUGCGGGCUAAGCUUUACGGCAGUACCGAUGCGUUUAUGGCUGAUGCAAAAUGGAUUCAACAUAACUGCAUCGUAUUCAAUACGUGUGGUGGUGUUUACGCAGAUACGUCGAAACUGACAAACGCGGCGAAGCAAAUCAUCAAAGUAGCACGUCAGGAAAUCUCAGAAAUUGAUGCAUGUCCUGAUUGUUAUGCACAUGGUCGAAAUUUGCCAAGGCCUCAACCUUCAUGGUUUAUUGAACCCUGCCGUCGACCGCAUCCACUUGUCUGGGCCAAAUUAAAGGGUUUUCCGUUUUGGCCGGCAAAAGCAAUGCCUCGCACGAAUUCUCAAGGAUAUGUGGAUGUGCGUUUUUUCGGUGAACAUGACCGCGCCUGGGUGUCACCUAAGGACCUUUUCUUGUACUCUGAAGAGCCACCAGCGCCAUCUCCUCGUAAACGGAAAUCCGACAUGGAUGAGUGCGUAAAAGAAAUUACUCGACAUUGUAGAAAACUCGCGCUUAUGUUUGGCCAGUUCAAAUUUGCUCCACCCAAAAUUCAGUACGACCCGAACAAUCCGUUGCAGAUACGGCUGAUGCUACCGAAUUACAAUCCCCUCGAGCCCAAGAAUCAUCUUCCCAAUCCGAAAGUUCCUACAUCUCAAAAGAAGAAAUCGCCGCAAAAAAGACAAAGUUCUCUUAAAGGUAAAUCACAGAGUGACGAAUUGACUAACAUUAGUGAAAUAGAUAUUGACCCGACAAAUAAUGCUUGUGAAAAGGAGAACGAAGCAACAUCGCCAAAAGUACAAAAAUUAGAUACCGAUGUUAAGGAUACUUCAAGCUCGCAAACUGAUCUAGAUGAUAGCACUAAGUUGAAUAAGAAAGCAGAUCAAGAAAUUAUAAAGUCAGUCCCUCAAGAAGUUGCUCAAAACAAAACGGUAAAAAAUGGAAAAUCAAGUAAUGCGAAGACAUCAAUGUCUCGAUUAAACGUUGCGCAUACAGAAACUGAUGCCGAAAAUAAUAGCAUAAGUCUUAAUGUUAGUAUUUCAAAUAAUAGCACAAGUCCUAAUGCUAGUACCUCAAAUAAUAGCAUAAAUUCUAAUGCUAGUAUCUCAAAUGAGAACAAUUCACAGAAAUCGAAAAAUGAAGUGAAAUCAUUUAUAAAAAUUUUGCCUAAGCCUGCAAAUUAUCCAGUUACUGAUGCGGUAGCGCAGAAGAAAACCCUUUUGAAAAAUAUUAUUAAUCCUAAAGUGACAUUCUCACAAGUAGACAACUCAAAGAUGAUGACAAAGUACACAAGAAACAAUAAAGCGUUCAAGCUAAAAACGAGUAUUGUUGAUAAACUAAACGCGGAAAAAGAACUGAUGUCUCUAUCCGCGAGCAAAGAAGAUGAGAAAUUGUCGAAUUCAAGCAAGGUCAUUCCCAGAAUGUCACUGUUGAACAAUAGUAAGGAAUCAUUGAAUGUAAAAAACAUACCUGAAGUCGAUAUAACUUUAUCGUCUGCAUCGAACGCGAGUGUUACUCAUACCAUUACAUCGACGAAUCCAGUCGUUCCUAUAACGGAUAAAUCUGUAUUGCUCCUCGUGGUUCCCAAUGGAAAAUCUACUGAGCCUGUGAAACAAGUCGCGUCGACGAUCGACUUCAAUCAAGGCAACAACGAGGGGUACACUAAUUCGCCUCAAAAGGCUAAAAAGAGUUUCCCUAGAUCCAAUUCAAAAAAUAUUCAACGUUCGUCGAACGCAGAUGGAAUUACGGAGAUUUCUUCUAUUGGCCAAGAAACACCAUCCACAUAUCAACUGCCACCUCCGGAAGCUGGACCGAUCAGCGCACGUCUGCAUAAUGAUGCGCACGAACUUGCGAGAAAAAUGGGCCACUUGAUGGAAGAGGCGUACAAGGAGGCAGCCCAGAACAGUAUUAACGGCGAGAACGGUACCACUGACAAUUAUCAGGCGACGAUAUUUUUCCUGCGAAAACAGAUCGAGCAUAUGAAGUGGCAACAUCAGCAGCAGCUAGCCGAAUUGAAACACAACGCCGAUCGUACUCUACGUGAGAUGCGCGCGAGUAUGGAAGCAGAGAAAAUGCGAUCGAUUGAGGAAGUUCGUAAGGAGAUCGAAGAUGAAAAGAUCCGAUCUGUCGAAGAGACCAAGAAGAAACAAUGGUGUGCCAAAUGUGGAAAGGAAGCAAUGUUUUAUUGUUGCUGGAACACUGCUUACUGUAAUUAUCCGUGCCAGGAGUCACAUUGGCCCACACAUAUGCGGACAUGUUCUCAGCAAUCUGCGUAUGCUACGAUUGUCAGCUCAAGUGCAAGUUUGCACUCGAAUGCAAAUUUGAAUUCGCAGCAGACCAGUUACGUCAUUGCUGAUAAUUCCGCAACCAAGACGUAUCUUCUAUCAUCCAACAUGAAAUUGAGUGCAAUUCCGUCUGCUUCGUCCGUUAAUAGAAAUAAAACCAGUCAAGAUACGCUGUAGGCAUAUAGCAAUUUAUUUGUAACCAAUUCGGUAUCAAUGCAAGUAGGGUGAAAAGAGUUUCAGUAAUACUGCAGGUAAAUUCAUAUCUGCGAACAAUCAACAAGAGAGUCUUGAUUUAAACUACACUGCAAUGUUUAUUACUUACAA